AUGGCCCUCAAGGCAUGCACUGCAGGCAUCUGCGUGCCGAAGAGCAAGCGGGGCAAGGUGGCAUCAAGGCCCUCGCCCAAGCUCACCCUGGAGCAGCUGCAGGCGGAGCAGGCAGCAUACGAGUCGCAGCGCCAGCAGCAGCAGCAGCCGCCCACGGCGGCAGCGGCGAGCUCUGAGGAGGAGGAGGAGGGGGAGGAGCUGUACUAUGGAGGCAGCAGCAGCGGCGGCGCCGGCGGCGCGGGCGGGCGUGCAGGCGGUACGGUGCAGUACGGCAGCAGCGACGCUGUGCCCGAGGUGGUCACGAACCGCAUGCUGCGCCGCGUCAUCCUCUUCAUGGGCACGCCCGUGUUUGGAGGCAUCCUGCUCUUCCCCUUCUUCUACUGGCUCAAGAUCAAGCAGGGCGUGGACCUGCCCAACUGGGUGGCCUACCUCUCCUCCUCCCUCACCUUUGGCGGCGGCCUGCUAGGCAUCAGCUACGGCAUCAUGUCGGCCAGCUGGGACCCGCGCCGCGAGGGCAGCCUGUUGGGCUGGACCGAGUUCCAAGCCAACGUGCCGCUGCUGCUGGACCGCUUCAAGCGCGGCAGCGACUGA